CCGUCCUCCCCAACCUUAGGCUCGCGCCCGACACGGCGGCCUCCCCGUCCGGGCGCCCUCACGCGCGCGAUGGCCCCGUCUCCUCACCGCCUCCUCUCCCUCGUCGUCGUCACCAUUGCCGCGGCGCUCCCGGCGGCCGUCGUCGCGGAGAACAACAGCAUGCCCGUCGCCGACGCGCUGGUGAAGCUCAAGAAGUCCUUCACCAACUCUUCGUCGCUCUCCUCGUGGCUCAUCACCGACAAGGACGGCGACAACCACCCCUGCGCGCCCGGCUCCCACGAGUGGCACGGCGUGGUGUGCUCCGGCGGCGGCAAGCUCACGGGCCUCCGCCUCAACGGCCUCGAGCUCGGCGGCACCAUCGACGUCGACGCGCUCGCCAGCUUCCCGCGCCUCAGGUCCGUCUCCUUCGCCGGCAACAACUUCUCCGGCCCGCUCCCCGCCUUCCACCAGCUCAAGGCGCUCAAGUCCAUGUACCUCUCCGACAACCACUUCUCCGGCCCGCUCCCCGACGGCUUCUUCGCCAACCUCAGCCACCUCAAGAAGCUCUGGCUCGACGGCAACCAGCUCAGCGGCUCCAUCCCGGCGUCCGUCGCGCAGGCCACGUCCCUCCUCGAGCUCCGCCUCGACCGCAACGACUUCACGGGGGAGCUCCCGCCGGCGCCGCCGCCGGCGCUCAAGUCGUUCAACGUGUCGGAGAACGACCUCGAGGGCGUCGUGCCGGAGCCGCUCCGGAGGUUCGACGCCGGCAUGUUCGCCGGCAACGAGUACCUCUGCUUCGUGCCGACCAGCGCCAAGCCGUGCAAGCGCGAGCAGGCCGUGGCGGCCGGCUCGUCGCACAGGCGGGUCGUCAUGGUGCUCGCCACGCUGCUCGUCGUGGCCUUCGUCGCCCUGUGCGCGUGCAGCGGCGGCGGCCAGCCCAGCAGCGGCCGCGACAUGGAGGGCGUCGAGGAGAAGCCGCCGGCGUACAUGGUCAAGCAGGCGUCGAGCACCCAGCAGCCGCAGAAGCGGAGCGCGUCGUGGCUAGGGAGGAGGGCCGGCUCGUCGCUGGGAUUCGGCCACCGGCGGUCGGCGUCCGCCGCCAAGGUGGAAGAUCUGAGCAGCCGGUCCGCCGGGGAUCUGGUCAUGGUGAACACCAGCAAGGGCACCUUCGGGCUCGCCGACCUGAUGAAGGCGGCGGCGGAGGUGAUCGGGAGCGGUGGCCUCGGGUCGGCGUACAAGGCGGUGAUGGCCAACGGCGUGGCCGUCGUGGUCAAGCGCUCCCGCGACAUGAACCGCGCGACCAAGGACGCGUUCCAGGCCGAGAUGACGCGGCUCGGCGCGGUGCGCCACGCCAACCUGCUGCCGCCGCUGGCCUACCACUACCGCAGCGACGAGAAGCUCCUCGUCUACGAGUACAUCCCCAAGGGCAGCCUGCUCUACGUCCUCCACGGCGACCGGGGCAUGGACUACGCGGCGCUCGACUGGCCGACGCGGCUCAGGGUGGCCGCCGGCGUCGCGCGCGGCAUGGCGUACCUCCACGCGGAGCUCGCUGGCCACGAGGCGCCCCACGGCAACCUCAAGUCGGCCAACGUCCUCCUCGCCCCGGACUUCGAGCCGCUCCUCGUCGGCUUCGGCUACUCGGGCCUCAUCAACCACGCGCAGUCCCCGCACGCGGCGUUCGCGCGGCGCGCCCCCGAGUGCGUCGCCGGCCACCCGGUGAGCGCCAAGGCCGACGUCUACUGCUUCGGCAUCGUCCUCCUCGAGCUCCUCACCGGCAAGUUCCCGGCGCAGUACCUCCAGAACGCCAAGGGCGGCACGGACCUCGUCGUGUGGGCGACGUCGGCCAUGGCCGAGGGCUUCGAGAGCGACCUGUUCGACCCAGCCAUCAUGGCCGCGUGGAAGUUCGCCCUGCCGGACAUGAAGCGGCUCAUGAAGGUGGCGGUGGACUGCGUUGAGGCGGACCCGGAGAAGCGGCCGGACAUGAAAGCGGUCGCGGCAAGGGUGGAGGAGGUGGUGGCGACGGCGCUUGCCACGGUGAGGGAGAGCAGCGGCGAUGACGCGGCCAGCAGAAGCUCGCGCGCCGCGUACGUGCGCGAGGGGUCGAUACAGCGGAUCACGAAAGUCGGCGAGCGGUCGUCGCGGCGAGGCAGCAGCGACUACGCGUAUGGCAUCUCGUGAGACGGCAGGGAGGGGCAGCUAGUUGGCCAGAAUCAGAUUUUGUAAGUUCAACCAUUUCUCCCUCUUAUUCAACUUGUAUUUAAAUCCUACU